CUGUCCAUCUCCUCACACGUUUCGCAUAGAGCAUGGGGUAUAAGAGACGCCGUUGUGAGGUGGGUGUGUUCGAGGCUACCUGCAUCAUGUCCUCCUCCAGUACCAAGCGCAUCACCCGCUCGAUGAGCACCCGCGCUGCCAAGCGCAGAUGCAUACACAAAGAGCUCGCCAAUGCCGGGGUCGAGGCCACACCUUUUGCCGUCCAAACCAUCUUCCAGAUCCCAGAGCUGCUCGACAAGCUCCCUCCUUCAAGCCUCGUGAAGCUCCGAGCCACCUCCAGUGACAUGCGAUCCGUCCUCUCGACAAAGUCGGUCGGCAUCCGCAUAUGGGCCGCAUGGUUCAACGCCAAGUACGACACCGAGCUCCUCCCGAACGAUUGCGCUGCGCUGACCCAGUACUUCCCCACUGAAUGGCGUCCCUACACCCUCAAAUGGAUCAAGUCGAUCCCGAACGCUGUGGUUUCGGCAGAGUUUGUCCGACUCGUCAGCUGCAGGGGAAUGCACGAUGACCAAUGGGUUUCGAAAUGCCAAACUUGCGUUGAAGCCAAGCACGUCCCAACGGCCAGGUGGAUACUGAUCCACCGCCGGCUGAACGUGUCGCUGCAGUCUCAAAGUCUCACCAUCCUGCUCGACGAAUGCAAGCGAACCGACUCCGAGUCGCUCAUAAAGUUCAUCAUCGACAAUGGGACGAGACUGAUGCAGUCCAGAUAUCCCAAAGUCCGCGUCCAGCUCUGUGAGUGGCUCAAGACCAUGGAGUCUACUCAUGUAGAUGCCCGGUACAAGCUCUACGAAUGCUACCGCUAUGGCUAUGGCACUGGGGUCGAUAUAACCAGAGCGCUGAAUCUGCUCGCAGAAUGCGCAAUGCAACGCCACACCCUCAGCAUUGGAAGACUCUUUGACAUCUUGAACUCUGGAUCGAUUGAAAAUGUCCCAGGUGCUGUCUCUGUUGUGAAUUGGGUGCUAACGAUAGAACCCGAGGCAGACAGGGAAUUUUUGUUGGCCAACUGCAAGAAGCUCGCACUUGGUGUUCCUCGCAAUUCCACAAUCACCUCCAUCUACCACCUGGCUGUCAUCAAAGCGUACCUCCAGGGCAGCCAUAUGGCGCGCGUGUUCAUUCUCUCGAGACGCCAGUUCUCAUUCCAUGCCUGGGAUCGUGCUCAAAGCUGGGGUGCCGAUAUCCCGCUGGAUGCGAUUGUCGCAGCUGGGAAUGACCCCCAGGUGCGGGACGCUUUGACAGGGCUGCUCAGGACGUCUAUAGAAGCUCAUGGGAAUGGCCGCAUCAUUUGGCCUGUGUACCAGCGUUACAUGCAGUGCAUCCAAUAAAGAAUGAACAUGUGAUUUCAUCCCUCGGAC